AUGAGAAGAAUCUUCCUUCAGGAGGACAGAGGACCUCACCACCACCUGCAACUGCUGCUGAGGGGACCAAUGUUGAGAAUGAAGACGGCUGGAGUUGUUCUGUUGUUGCUGUGGUCUGGGCAGUGUGUGACUGCAGCAUCCAGUGAAGCUCUCCAAACCACAGGCACAGGCAAAGACUACCCACCACAGCCAGACAUCCAGACUGUGCUGAGAGAGAUGAGCAGCCUCAUCGCAGAGCAGAGAGUGGAGCUCAAGUGCACCAAGACACAACUGGAGACCGUGGAGAAGAAGGCAGAGGCCAUGGAGGAAAGACUGAGAGCCAGUGAGAGUAAAGCAGAGGCCAUGGAGGGAAAACUGAGGGCCAGUGAGAACUUGGUCAAUCAACUAAAGAUUGAAAACAAGGCUCAAGCAAUGGGUCUGAAUCUCACUGUGACCGAUGUAUCCAAUCAAAAGAAGGAGAGAGAACAGAGCAGGGUGUCUUUCUCUGCCUCAUUGGUGAAAGAGGGUGAUGGCAGAAAUAUUGGACCCACUGCUGUGGAUGCUCCUCUGGUGUUCAGAAAUGACUUCACCAACAUUGGCAAUGCCUACAGUGCAAACACAGGUACCCCAAGAAUGAGGUUUUGCUAUGCUAGGGUCUUCACCGCUCCAACCAGAGGAGUCUACUUCUCUGUUGUGUUUGUACUUGGUCAAGGCCAUGGAUCUACAGCUACAGGAGUCUGGCUGUUUAAAAAUGAUAAGCGCUUUGCUCUAGCAUGGAGUCGACAGCAAGACGGCUUUACCAAACCCUCCAAUGGAGCCUCUGUGGUGAUGGAGAAGGGAGAUGAGGUCUACGUCAAGCUGAAUUCUGGUGCAUGGGUGCAUGAUAAUGAGAAUAACAACUGUGUCUUCUCUGGACACCUGCUGUUUCCCAUGUGA